GGGUCAUGGCGCUGACGCGCGCGGAGCGUUGCGUGGUGCUGCUGCUGCGCUGCCUGUCGCGCGCCUUCCUCGCGGUCCUGAGCCUGGCGGCGCGCGCCUCCUCCUUCGCCUCAAGGAAGGCGGUGCCGGCGGCCUCCUCCUCCGGCGCCCCUCGCAAAGCCCUCCGCGCUGUCCCGCCGCCCGACCAGCCGCUGCUGCUCCUCUCCGCGCUAGAGCUGGCGCGGCGCAUCCGCCGCAGGGAGGUAAAAUGUAUUGAUGUCAUUGAAACUUACAUUGAGAGGAUCAAGCAAGUCAACCCACUAAUCAAUGCAGUUGUCAAAGACAGGUUCGAAGCAGCCCUGCAGGAAGCUGAACAGGUCGACAAGCUGCUCUCUGAAGGGCAUGAUGAUGAAGAGGCUCUGCAGGAAAAGUUCCCCUUCCUGGGGGUCCCUAUCACCAUCAAAGAGGCCUUUGCGCUGCAUGGGUUGCCCAACACUUCCGGACUGGUUGCCCGCCGCAAUUUGAUCUCCAUGUCAGACGCCACAGUAGUGUCCCGGUUAAAGCAAGCUGGCACCAUCCCACUGGGUGUGACCAACUGCAGUGAACUGUGCAUGUGGUUUGAAUCGAGCAACUAUGUCUAUGGACGGAGCAACAAUGCGUAUGACCUAGCGUGCAUGGUAGGAGGCAGCUCGGGAGGAGAAGGCUGCAUCCUGGCAGCAGCUGGCUCCGUGAUCGGUGUCGGCUCAGACAUCGGGGGCAGCAUCCGCAUGCCUGCUUUCUUCAACGGAGUCUUUGGACACAAGCCCACCGCAGGUGUGGUGCCCAACGAUGGCCAAUUCCCCAAUGCCAUCGGUAUUCGGACCAACUACCUGUGCACUGGUCCCAUGUGCCGUUACGCAGAGGACCUGGACCCCAUGUUGAGGGUCAUGGCUGGACCAAACAUAGCAAAGUUGAAGCUGGAUGAAAAGGUAUCCUUGGAGAAUCUAAAAUUCUAUUCUAUGGAGCAUGAUGGGGGGUCUGUCUUUGUUUCCCGUAUGGACAAAGAGCUUCUUCAGGCUCAUCGAAAGGUGGUAAAGCACCUUGAGACUGAACUGGGGAUUCAAGUUCAGAAUGCGGCCAUUCGCAAAAUGAAAUAUUCCUUCCAGAUCUGGUCUGUCAUGAUGACUUCCAAGGACAGUGAUGUGCAGGCCAAUCAGACGUUCACAGAUAUGCUUGGGGACCAUGGAAAACCCGUGUGGCCGUCAUGGGAGUUGUUGAAAUGGAUGAUGGGAAAGUCUUCACACACCAUUCCAGCCAUCGGACUAGGACUAGCUGAGAGGUUUAUGAACUACAACCCCAAGGCGGCCACUAAGGUAGCAAGCAUGGCACAGAGUCUGCAGACUGAGAUGGUGAAUUUACUGGGGAAUGAUGGGAUCCUCUUAUACCCUUCACACCCCAUGGUAGCUCCCAAGCACCAUGCUCCCCUGGGAAUGCCUUUCAAUUUUGCCUAUACUGCCAUCUUCAACAUACUGGGAUUACCGGUGACCCAGUGUCCACUGGGCUUGAGCGAGGAAGGCCUUCCUCUGGGCAUCCAGGUGGUGGCAGGACCCCACAAUGACCACUUGACUCUGGCCAUGGCGCGGUACUUGGAGAAGGCAUUCGGAGGCUGGGUUCCCCCUGGCACAUCCUAGUGCGACUCACCUGGGAUCAACAGAAGCAUAAAGACCGAUGCCGUCCGCGAUGUCCAGCGGCAGGCGACAGCGUCUGAAACUGCAAGGGCUCCUGUACGCCUCUCCCCUUGCAACCCAAAGCAACUUGGAUGGGGUGAUGAUCCCGUCCGCCACAUUAGGUGCUCCCUCCCAUGAGGCCACAGCAACCGAGUGCAGCGUCAGCUGCUCGUUUGGCCGUGUCCCUCUCCAAUUUCAAGAUGACAUGAGAACCUCAGGUGGGAGGAUGCUCUCUGCUUUCUCAGGGAAAUCUGGGCUUUUGGGGAGCUCGGACUGGACACAAUCAUGUUGUUUGCUGUGGGAGAGAGAGGGCAGUUCUUGUUUUUAUCCUGAUUAGGCCAUUGGUAGACUAGGGCGCAAGGUUCCCUGCUUCCAUUAUUUGUGUUGCUUCCAGAGCAGACUGAGGACAUCAGAGGGAAGUGUUGGAAACUUCUUCCCCUUUUAAAAUGUCUUUGGGGUGCUUGGGGUCCCCAUCAUCUUGAUGAUUUGCACAAAACACGGGGAACGGUGCUGGGCAAGGAACUCCCAUCACAGCCUCUUCAUGGACCCCUGCUCAAGUUUGGCUUCGAGCUCCCAGCCCUGGCUCUUCCUUUUGGCUGGUGGCGGGAGAUGCUUGGGCCAGCUUUUUGCCCGGUGAAAGGCAAACCUGGGACAGCUUGGGAGGCACGAUGAAUCAAGUAUUUCCCCCCCACGUACCUUCCUCUCCUGUCCUGUUGGGGCAUGCCUUGUAGCUGUGAGACCCAAACCAUGCUUCGUAUUGGAGAGGCUUCCUCACCCCACCCCGCCGCUGAUUGAGCCUGGCUUCAUUGCACACAAUCCAUUUGAGGAAGUCCAUUGAAAAACGACAAUCAACUCUCAUGGACCAAAUAAACCAAAAUGUAUGCUAUUUCACUUGGGACAUAAAGAGAACCUAAUGUGUGUGUUUUAGGAGCAGAGGGCAGAGGGCACUGAGGAGAGGUGAGGGAGGGAUGGCGGCGCCACUAGCAAGAUCCCCGAGGCGUGGCUGGGGUUUUCGCUGCUCUUGCUGGGCGGCUCGACAGCCAUUCUCGACAGCCCAUGACGAAGUCGCCCUGCUAGGUUCGGAAGUCACGUGAAGCCACUCCGUGUAUGAACAACCCAACAACUCGUUCUGGGUUCUCAGGAUGACUUGUUUGUGAAAACAAGCCACGCUGCAGGAACCACACCAGGUUUGCACAACACAACAGCCCAACAUGGCUGAUCUGCCAUGGUGGGUUAUCGUGUUGUGACACAGACAUGUGCGUGUGUGUGUACACACCUGUAUGGGCAAUAUAGCUCUGCCCCUGCCACUUCCAAACAAGCGUACAAUCAUUCCAAAUUCUCAUGGAAUAGUUCUAGUAACAUAAAGAGAACCUAAUGUGUCUGUAGCGUUGUUGUUUUUCUUCAUUUCUAACUGCAGGCACCUUUGCCCAGAAUCUAAUGCUGUUCGUUGUUGUGAGGCAAGGUGCGAACAUGUGCUUGUACUGUGGGGAUGAUAGUGUAACGGGACAAACGGAAUCUGUAAUGAUGUUCUCCAAAAGCUAGAUCUAAAGGAAAGUCUCAAGAGGCAAUUGCAGGGCAUUUUGCACAGGUGAAGCAUCCCCACGGCUUGUGUCUUUAAAAAUAAACAUUCAGCACUUUA